UGGACAGGUUGGUCCUGCUGUGAGGGCAGAGAACUGGACUUGAUGACCUCGCGAGGUCCCUUCCAUAGUGUCCUAUGACUCUACGGUUCAGUGUUAAAACUCUUACGCCUUAUUUCCUGGCUGAAUUGGUCUAGUUUCCACAUCCAGCCAUUGGCUCACGCGACGCCUUUCUCUGUUGCUUUCUUCCCCUUGUCGGUUCUUACAGACUGUGAUCCAGUCCCCCCGAACCUCCUCUUUGUUAAGCUCCGUAGAUCGACCUCCUGAAAUGUGUCCACUUCUGCCCAUCUCCAGCCUUUAGUCCUGGGUCUACACGCCAUGCCCGUUGCUGAAGAAGAGCAUCCGCGCCAGACAUCUCGGGCUUGCACCCGGCCUGUGGGCAGCAGCCCUGCAGGUUCAGUCUGCUCUCUGGCGAGGGGGCAGACGGGAGUCCCAUGCUCCAGCCACGGCAUGGAUGCGGUGUUCUCUGACCCCCUUACUAUCGGGCCUUUUGCUUUGCAGGGCUCGAGGGAGGAUGGGAGAGGGGCUGUCUGCUGGGGAGGCAGCUCCAGGGACUCGUCUCCUCUUGCCUCCGCCCCCAAAGGCCAUGGUGCACUGUUGUAAUCUUAGCCUUGGAGAAAGCUAAAUUGCCAGAACCUCCGGCUGGAACGGCCUCCCCUUCCCCCCAGCUGCGCUGGCUGUUAUUUAAUCUGACACAAUCCCUUGGCAAGGAAUUGGGAGGAAAUAUGAAGCAAGUGGCAAGUCAGGGGCCAGUGCCUUUCGGUGAGGGUGUAAAAAUAGCCCGCUACUGUCCAGCAAUUCCUCACCCCGCCCCCCGCUAAUGGCUAGCACCAGAGGUUUGGCAUGAACAGCGUGAGCUCCGCCAGCCAGGCCCUGAAACACUGGUUGGCUUGUGUACGGGUUGAACCUCUCCAGUCCGGCUCCCGCGGGACCUGCCUGGGUCUGAGCCAGAGAGGUCGGUAUUGACUAGCAGCAUGGCCAGCACCGGGCUGUUCGAAGACACGGAGGGUACGUUCGAGCGGAAUAACAGCGCCGAACCCUGAGAGCCAGGACUGGGGGCUGCAGACGCGCUCUGUGGGGAGGCAGGACGUUGGCCACCCCCAUGGAAAGUGGAGAUCUGGCGAACUGACAUCACGCUGGACCACGGAAGUUUCUGGACGAGAGAGAUGAACGGGACCGAGUCCAGAAAAAAACGUUCACCAAGUGGGUCAACAAGCACCUGAUGAAGGUGCGCAAGCACAUCAACGACCUGUACGAAGACCUGCGAGACGGCCACAACCUGAUCUCGCUGCUGGAGGUUCUGUCGGGGGUCAAGCUGCAAAAGGAGCCUCCGGGCCCGAAGAGCCUCCGCCUGGCGAAAGCGCCCGCCUGGCGUCGCACGAGCAGCGAAGAGCGGGAGGAGGAGGAGGAUGGUGACGCAGUAGGUUGGCUCCCCUCCGGGAGCGAUGGCAUGCAGACUGACACUGGCGUGCCGUCAGAGCGUCCAGACCUAGCCACGCUUUGCCCGGGGCUCCGCGCCACUGUCCAGCCUGCCACGCCCAUGCCGGCUGCCUCCGCCGUUCCGUGGCUGGGACCUUCCGCCCGCUCCGGUUCUGGUCUGAGCCCACAUGUCCGUGCAGCCCCCAGUGCGAGCCUGGCCAGGGGUCUAGUUGCUGUGCGGACACCCUCCCCCCAGUGACCCCUGGCCUCAGGUGGGGUGCUGGAAGGUUCGCCUGGGCCCCUUCCCCCAGCCCAGAUUGGAACUGAGAGCAAUGUGAGCCCCGGGGCAGCGAACACCGAAGGGCAGUGAAUCCCGUAUUCCGCCUGGACAGUGCUGGCUCCACGGGAUCUGGGUGGUCUGAGCGCAUGACACCGUUGCUGGUCUGACGUGGGAGAAUGCUGGCGCACCUGCUGGGAGAGCAUGAACUGUCUGUUCGCUGGGGGGGGGACUGCUCCUAGGUGGCCCCCCCGGCUCUCACCCGUCCCAGAUAGAGCCCCUAGGGUCCCGUGUGCUCUCGGGUGGGACAGGCAGGUCUCUCCACUGGCACGGAGCAAACGGCCGUUAGGACGCCCCCCGGACGUUUACUAACAGUUCUCACUGCAUGGGGCGCGCUGCCUGGUUUGCUGAGCCGUGUGCCCGGAGGCCAGUAGCGUUGCUGUCAGACAGCAAGGGCUAACCGUGCAUGGUAACCAGCCUGCUCGCGGGCCGCAAUCUCAGGCUUCCUGGAGCGGAGCAGCCUUCCCCACGGCCGCGGGGGCCGCACCUCCCCGGAGUAAGAAGGAACUGGUAGAAAUGGUCACGUUUCUUACCGACCCCCGGAGCUGGGCCGCGGCUCCCUUCUCUUCAGCUCUUUUCCGGUAGUGUCAUUGCACCGGAAAUGACUCGUGGGCGACACUGCUCUGCCAGGGGCCGGAUGGGG